GGGGCUGGGCUCGGGGCUGGACUGGGGGCUGGGUAGGGGGCCGGGGCCGUGCAGCCUGUGGGGGUCACACCCCAGCCAUGGGGCACCUGGCGAGCUGGGCUGCCCUGCUGGUGCUGAGCGCCACCUGGCAGCUGGUGCUGGGGGGCCCGCACAACAUCGUGCUGAUCCUGACUGAUGACCAGGACACGGAGAUCGGGGGCAUGACUCCGAUGAAGAAGACGCAAGCCCUGAUCGGCCAGGCAGGUGUCUCCUUCACCAAUGCAUUCACAGUCACGCCCCUGUGCUGCCCCAGCCGCAGCAGCAUCCUGAGCGGGCGCUACCCCCACAACCACCUGGUGAGGAACAACUCCCUGGAGGGCAACUGCAGCAGCCUGGCCUGGCAGAAGAGCCAAGAGCCGCUGGCCUUCCCCGUCUACCUGCAGAGGCAGGGCUACCAGACCUUCUACGCCGGCAAAUACCUCAACCAGUACGGACACCCGGCGGCCGGGGGCGUCCAGCAUGUGCCCCUGGGUUGGAGGUACUGGAACGGCCUGGUGGGGAACUCCCGCUAUUAUAACUACACCCUGUCGGUGAACGGGCAAGAGGAGCAGCAUGGGCAGCGCUACCAGGACGACUACCUCACGGAUCUCAUUACCAACCGGAGCCUGGAGUUCCUGCAGAAGUGGUCCCGCCCGCCCUUCCUGAUGGUGCUGGCCCCGCCCGCCGCCCACUCCCCGUGGACCGCGGCGCCAGGCUAUGCCACGGCCUACAGCACCACCAAGGCACCCCGGGACGGCAGUUUCAACGUCCACGGCAAGGACAAGCACUGGCUGGUGAGACAGGCCAGGAGCCCCAUGGCUAACACGUCCAUCGAGUUCCUGGACAAGGCCUACAGGGAGAGGUGGCAGACUCUGCUCUCGGCGGACGACCUGGUGGAGAGGGUGGUGGGCCGGCUAGAGGCCCUGGACCUGCUGGCCAGCACUUACAUCUUCUACACCUCGGACAACGGCUACCACGCAGGCCAGUUCUCGCUGCCCAUCGACAAACGCCAGCUGUACGAGUUCGACAUCCGGGUGCCGCUCCUGGUGCGGGGGCCGGGCAUCAAAGCGAACCAGACCCGAUCGGAGCCGAUCCUCAAUAUUGACCUGGGGCCCACGUUCCUGGACAUCGCCGGCCUCAACGUCUCGCAGACCGCCAUGGACGGGCAGUCCUUCCUGCCGCUGCUGGUGACCCCGGCGCAGCCCAGCGCGUGGCGGGCGGAUUUCCUGGUGCAGUACACAGGGGAGGGGUUCCCGGACGGGGACCCAGCCUGCCCGGCCCUGGGCCCAGGGGUAUCGCAAUGCUUCCCCGACUGCGUGUGCGAAGACGCCUUCAACAACACCUACGCCUGUGUCCGCGCCCUGCAUCCCCACGGCCUGCAGUACUGCGAGUUCGCCGACAGCCAGGCCUUCGUGGAGCUGUACAACCUGACCGCUGACCCCCAGCAGCUCCGCAACGUGGCCCAGAGCGUGGACCCCACCCUGCUGGAGGCUUUGAACAAGCGGCUGAUCAAGCUCCAGGCCUGCGCAGGGCCCAGCUGCCGGGCCUAGGGGCGCCCGCCCCCCGGCUGUGCCAGGAACCCUCCAACGACUCAGCGCACUCCAAACACCCGGGCUGGAUGGGCCCUGCCCCCUCCCGACCUUGGCCCCUUCCCAGGUUGCCCAGAGCCCAGCGCAGGAUGCCAGGGGCCCCAGGGCUGGACAAAGGGGCUCCCCCAUUCUGAGUCCCCCCCCAUUUGCUGCCCCCCAGACUUGGGCUCUACCCUCAGGGAUAUUUCCGUCUUCAUCCCAGUUUGUAGCUCUGCCUGCUCCACCCAGCAUCCCUGCCCCUCCUCGGCUGAUUCCUCUGGCCCUGGAAGCUGCUGGGGUCCCCGAUCUUCCCCCCGCCCUGUGACAUGAAGGUGAAAUAAAUUCUGGUUUGUAGAA